CUUUCAUUUCCUAGAGAUGAUUCACCCUCACUUUUGGCAGUCGCGGCUGCGUCCACGUCCUUUCUACGAAGAUUAAUGCUCGCCCCAAAGAUGAUUCAACAUAGAAGGCAUUGGACAUGAUCUAGAUGAUGACUGAAAAUACUCUGGCAGAAUACAGCCUUCAACGUCGGUGAAAGGCGGCCAGUGCGUCUUCAGCUGUCGCAGGGGCAACAUGAUGAUUUUUCAAGAUGUAACGGACUGGCAGAAACGGGCUUAUCAGGAACUCGGAGAAACCCCCGAGGUACGCCGAAAGCUUCUUACCGAAUUCCGUUCGACAGUGUCGGAGAUUCGAGAGUUCCGACCGCGUCUCGAUGAGGAUUUUCUGUUGAGAUUUUUGCGUGCGAAGAAAUUCAAUCUUCAACGAGCCGUCAAGACAUAUAAACGCUACUUUCGUAUUAGGCUGGUUGAUCCUGAACGCUUCAUGCCCAUUGGCAAAGGACCCAAGGAUUAUGCUGGCGCCUAUGAACUCAAGGUGGGCACUCUCCUCAAGCAGCUUAAUCCACUCGAUGGUACAACAACAAUUAUUUGGAGAAUUGGAAAUUGGACUCCAAAUUGUGGAUUCGAUCUACGUGACAUUUUUACGCCAACUGCUAUGGUUGGUGAUUUAACAUUGGAGGAUCCUCAAGUGCAAGUGAAUGGGGUUCGUUUUCUUAUUGAUCUAGAGAAGAUGCACUGCUCUUACGUACAGUACCUACCAUUCUCGGCUAUAAAGGCCUUGGUGAUGGCUCUACAAGAUGGCUACCCCGUUCGCUUCAAAGGUGUCCACGUUGUGAAUAACACUGCAAUAUGGGAUCUCAUUUACAGCGUGGCUAGACCACUGCUCGGGGCUAAGCAGAGGGCCCGUUUCCAUAUGCACGGCCGGGAUAUGGCGUCGUUACACCGCUUCAUUCCAGCUGAGAUUCUUCCGUUCGAGUACGGUGGCACCGCUGGUCAGUCUACCCAUAAGUGGAUCCUCAAACAACUUUAUGAGCGUCACGAUAAGUUUGUGCAAAAUAGCUACUACGGAUACAAUGUGCCUAAGACAUACAAUGACUGCGCUGAUCAUGAGUCAAGCUGAUAGAGCAUUGACAAUCAGAUCUAAGUCUCGGGUCAGGCGUUUCGCAUAAUGCUUACACAAAGUUGUCUCCAGAUUUAUGUCAGGUACCGGUAGGCGGUUUAAUGCGAAUACUCAAUAGUUUUUUUUCGAUAUACAUCGUUGUAUGCAAGUACAUCAGGAGCAUUGCGUAAUGAACCUGCCACAUUUCUAACCGACGCUAAGCUUCUAUUAGUAAAUGUUUGGUUAUCUUUAGCUAGACAUGCUAGAUUGUUGAUAUGUGUAUUCAAUUUGUUAAAAGCUCAAUCGGUCAAAUUGGAGAAUCAAUAUUGGAGAUCGUUAGAUAGUUUCGUAUAGUGAUUUUUUGCCGGUCGAACCAGACUCAUAUUACAACUGCAUGAUGUGGAAAAAUAUCAAGAUUAAGUGUAGCCCCGCUAUAAACUACAUAAGAACUUACCACAAGCCACUUAUACUGUGAGUCUGUAGAUUUAGCUAACGGUGCAACAAAGUAUAUAUAUGAAAUAUAUCAACAAUUUAUAGUCAUCUUUUUCUACUAUAUGAUGGAAAUAUUGGCGCAGCGCCUCUCUCUAGACUCGACAGCUUGAUAUUUAAUCGAAACUCUGCACAUAAAAACAAAAAUACUUAACUACCGCAAUAAACCUGUAAGUCAAGUGAGUCAUAGUACUACACUCAUUCUCAGUUUAUAGUUUAUAGUUUAUAGAUGGUUACCACUUAUAUGUCGUACGAAAUUAAUCUUUAUGUCUUGGGCUGUGUCAGUACGUGAAUCUCCUAAAUUAUGUUUGCUAAACGUUGCCUUUCAUUGGCAACGCAAAAUAUUUGAAGUCUUAACGGUUAACAGCAAAACGAGUUGACAAUUGAUACAAACUGGUUUCAUUACUGGUUAAUAAAUAAAUAUUGAAUUAAGCGGCAUAAAAAAAACACCAAAAUCUAUUUCAUCUUUAGAUAUUAACACGGCUUUCAAGCCACCGAAGCAGAUCGCGCUCUGAUUUUAUUUAAUGAUAUGAUUAAUCCAAUCUCUAUAUACACAUAUAACGUGGAUUAUAGAAAUGGGUAACAGAUGUAGUUCUAGAUAUCAUUGGGCGACCUCCAGUGGAAAUACAACAUAGUUAUAUCAUUUAGAAGACUCAACGAAAGGUUCGACAACUAUGAACCUAUUUGGAUAUACUCCAUAUUUUGACUAGGCACACUAUAUACAUAUAAUGCUAUCAUAACUGAGGUCGACUAUCAGUCGAUGUAGCCACUGUUGUUCUAUCAUAAGCGGCACCCCUGCACCUUUGAGUACUUAAUGCGUAUGUAAACUGUGAUUCUAAUCGUCGAAGAAAGACCUAAAGGCUACUAAAAGUAAAAUAAGAUACUAAAAACGUUCUACUUCAUUCGUUUAUCACAUUGUGCCGCAUAAGCGAAAUAAAAUAAAGUAAAGCAGAUCUUCUUUGCAUUAGCUAUCCACUUCAUACCUUUACCUGUAGGCAGAAUGGACUGCGAUAUGUCUUGUCUCCCACUGGUUCCAAAUUUGUUCGUAAUCUUAAAUUAUUAUCUUGUCUUAUCCUCUGGAAAAAAAUCAGGAUAAUAUUUUUGCCGUUAGAAUUCACUAGGUCUCCUCUAGAUCUCUUAAAAAGCUAACACGGCAAAUAUAACAUUUCAUAAAACAUGCUACUUGGUAUCUAAUCAACACACGAUGGAGAAAAGAUACGCUGCAUGAUGAAUUGUAAAUAUCUGAACGACAUAAAUACUACUGAAAACAACCGAAAAAUCACCUAAUCCUUAAAAAAAUUAUGUGCAAAUAAUCGCGUUAGAAAAACACUGUGCAGAAGCCUUAGCUAGUAAAACAUCGCUUUUAAUGCGCAUGACCAAUAAUGCGGGUCAAGUACCCGAAUUACGAGUAUACGAAACAAAAAGAAAGAAGUCUGGCAAUCCUGUUCAAACUUCUGUACUGUGUAAACUUCAGUUGAGAAUGUCAUUCAAAAGAGAAUCUGCGGCGGCAAAGAAAGAGUCAUAGAACAGAAGAAAACAGCACAGUGUUGUUAAUGCAUGGAACCACAUAAUUGUGGAGAUUAUAGUAAACAUUUGGCAUUAUAAAAAGUGCUAAAGUAGUUGUUCCCUGGCAUUGAAUGCUAUUGCGAAAACUUUUCUUUCAAACGAGACCUAUCAUUCAACUGAUUUGCUCCAUGCAGAAAAAAGUAGAUUAUGUUCGUUGUUCUAAUAUAACCUUGGCGAGCCUGGGCAUAAAAGCGUUGGGGCAGAACUAUGUUUUUGUUAGGACAACGUCGGUGGAAAUUUUAUUUGGAAAAAACAUGUGGACAUUGUUGUAGUCUCUGGAAAUAUAGCCUAACUUGGCACAUAAGAAUUUUGUUGCAAAAAACGAUGCACAUAUUUAUGUGGGUUUUUGUUUUAAAUGAGCCUAAAUCUUUUCUCACUAAGACCGUUUCCAAGGCCAUAUAAGUUGCCUAAAAUAAAAUGAAGAGCCAUAUUACAGCACGGAUUGGGAUUCUAUUCAGACGGUUAGCAUUAGCAAGUAGUGAAAUUAACAGAAGCUAAUACACUUAGCUGAGGAUCAAAUCCUAAGCGGUCACUUGCAAUUGGAAAUGAUUAGAGACGGUGAGCUGAAAAUAUUACGGUGAUGUCUUAGUAAGCACCUAAUAAAUGAGAAAUGGAAACGAAGCUUUUUGUAUAAUAAAAAUCGCUAACAUAAUAUAUUCAGCUUGUGUUGAAAAGUUAGGUUGGUAUGAGUGGGAACGCCAGCCUCAACUAACUUCCCGACAUGCCGUCUUUCAUAUUGCUAUUACCAUUGGCUACUUUCAGAAAUAUGCAUUGUCGCAAAUAAAAUGGUUAAAUAAUUAUAAAAAGACAUGUUACACAUAGCUCAUCCUAUUGUAGGUUCUCAUAAAGACCGUCGGUCCUUUAAAGGAAAAUAGAGAAAUAGUUUAUGACAAAAGUUCCUGCCAAAGGGUCUUGGAAAAACCCAUAUUCGAACACUAAAACAAGCGCUACUGCCUUUAAAGCUUCUCAAAACAUUUUAAAUUUGUUAGGGGCAGGUGAUUCCACUCAAAUUUGCGACACAUUAUUCCUAACUUGAAUAGUGCGUGUGCUAAUACAGAUUUCAGGAACAGACUGGUUGAUGUCAGCGAUUCGACGCAGGCGUACACCUGAACCAAUAUUCAAUGACCAGGCACAACUUUGAUCAUUUAGAUAUACCAAACGGCGCCGCCUCUCAAAAAAAGGGUACAGUUCUCAGUUUCUAUCUCUUUCGCUCCUAACGAAGGAGCAAAUAAACUUUUUGUUUCAAUGUUUAUCUAAAACACUUUUGUUUCACUUUUAAUUAUAUUUAGCCUAUAGCACGGAUCUAAUUUACUGUGAUGUUUUUUAAAAUCUUUACAAAUUCAUCCUUGAGCUUCCGAAAGUUGAGUACCCUAAUGUCAAAAUUUGUUUAAUUCGGACAAAGAAACCAAAUACCAGGAAAAGAGGCAAAUGGCGUCACGAAACCAGACAUCAAAGCCAGAUUGUACAUCAGAGACCAGUAAUCUGAAUGUUACUUGAUUCCCCUCUGUCACCACUAUCUAAUUUACAGACUUUCCUAUGCGGCGAUAGCCCAAGCCCCCUCGUACAAUGUAUCCCUUCAGCUAUCAGAUCUAAGUCUCAAGCAGGUUAAGUUGUAGCGACAGAAAAUAGACCCCAUCGGAGACCUCCAACAAAAGUAGAAUAGGCGGCUACUAGGUCGUUAGCUUGAAUCCAGAUCAAAAGGCUCUUACAACACAUUGCCUCUAAAGAGUACAGUAGCUAUUUGCUUACAAGGCUGUUUUUUUCUUGGCAUCGUCGCUUCCCUUGGCUAGAAGGGGUCCAACAAAUGUCUGAUUUUUCACUCAGAGAAGCAAGGAAAUCCUACGUUACAGACGAUAUGACUCAAGCUCUUUAGUGAACGGCAAUAAAGAAACAUGCUCGCUAAAUCUUUGAUGCUCCAGACCAUUUGCUGCGUCUAUGGACGUCAAUGGGCGGCAAAUUGAAUACAGCUCUGCUUCCAUCUUCAUAUGAAAUUCUAUCAUAAGCUUGUGCAGGUAUGUUGGUGCUUGAUAACUCGUUAGUUGACUGGGUUACAGUGCGCGCCCGGGCUAAAAAAAUGAUGAAGAAGUGUCUUUAGUCUGCAAAUGGAAUGGCGGAAUCACGUCGUCAACGGAACUCAUUUACCAACACAGCACGCUGCCGUACCGCUUGCUAACUGCUACACUGAUGCCAUUAACCUUCAUUAACUGUCAAAUAAGUGUCCAUAUUUGUGAGAGAAUACAUCUACUGUCGAGGCAUUCUCCGAUUCCUCUAAGGGGGAUUUAUAUUCCAGUACUGCAACAAAACGCGUGGCUUAACAUUGCUACUUCUUCUGCUUUCGAGACGAUCGUUGUCAUCGUAACAUCGAGCGAGAAGCAUGGUUGAUGGUAAAUUAGUGAAAAGAACUUUUAUUGUGACGCCUAGCUCGAGCUUUGCGUCAUUGUGUUGCUGCCGCUCGAGCUUGCCUUCCCCUUACGCUGUACGACAACCUUAAAUACCACAUUCAUCGAACUUAAUGCGUAAGUGAACAAAGACGGGGGCACGCAGCCGAGGCGGCUGUUACUGUCGCAAUUACGAUGGCGGCUGCUUAUUCCGUCGAGGUGUCGAAACGGCGCCACGAGCAGGCGGACAGAAAAAAUGGGGAGAGUGAACACCGGCCUCGCCACUAAGUGCAACACGAGUGGAGCGGCCGACCAGGCGGCUAGGUGAGCUAGUUCUGCUUGUCGGCGAGCAGUUGCCGGUAGUGACCGGCUCAUUCGAACCGCUUGCACCUGAGAGUGUAAGUUAAAAGGAGACGCAGACGGUUUUAGCACUGCUCGUUCAUCCAGUCCACUCCAGAUCUAGCUGAAAGUCCCGUUGAAAAUCGAGGGUAAGGGAGGGCGCUGGUUGCACUUCUCGGCAGAUGCUCCACCAUCGGCAGAUGCUCCGCCACAUCGUCAUGCUUCCUCCUACGAAAAGGGAGAUUAUGGGGGCGCUGUCUGCAGUGGUUCUACAAGAUCCGGCGCCAUGCUGACACCCUAGGGAAAGAAUCAUAGAGACACUCGGUAAGGAGGGUCUGGGGAUGUGGGGGGUCACUGUAAAGAGUGGUGAGGUAAUGGGUGACCGGCAGGGGCUUUGUGACUCCAGAGAGGAGCGCAAGGGCGGCUCGCGCGGGUGCCUCUAUUGAAGGGGGCCAAGUGCUGCUCCUGCCACCGCGGCUGUUGUCGUCAGCGCGGCUGGCUAAGCUUGCGCUCCGCGAGCUAAGGUAGCCCGGAGCGGAGUUCGUCGUCGGAACUGAUCUAGCUUGCGGAUCACGAUGUCUGACAGCGAGGGUGCGUCGGCUGCAGCGGAGAAGAAGCGCAGGGGUCGCCCGAAGAAGCCUGACUCGGAUAAGGCCCCCACAAAACGCAAGGCGCCUUCGGGUGGUGGCUCGGGUGGUAAGAAGGCCCGUGGCCGACCUAAGGGCUCCGGUAAGAAACGAGGACGAAAGCCGAAAGCUAAGAAAGAGGAGAAAUCUGAAGACGAUGACGGUCAGGAAUAAACGAUGAUCAGAUAUAUCCAAUCAUCGCAUAGGACAGAUAGGACGUUGGUAUUCCUGAUGUCCUCGAGCAUUUAACAAAAACAGAAAUCACGAGCCGCUGAAAAGAAGGACAAUGUGAUCACAA